GAUAAUUAGCAAUCAGUCAUUCCUUGGCCAACGUUCAUUGGCGGCCAGUCGGUAUCCUGUUCCUCUCCGUCGUAGUCAUGGCGACAGGCAGUAGAUGGCCACGAGGGGGGCAACUCCCUCCAUUCGUGCCAGUGCCUGCCCACAAGCAAGCAGAACUGAGGCGAACACAUGUGGUGUGGGAGUGGGCAGAAAGGGGGCAGGAGUGGGGGUUGACGGGCGGAGGCAACUUCCUCCUGCGCUGCCGACGGUGUGGGGAGGUGUUCACGGGUUCGAGGUCCAGAGCAGUGGAGCACUUCGCAAAACCGAGGGCACACUGCCCCCGACGGAAUGGGGAGAUUUUGUAUAGACUGCAAGCGGCUGGUGCUUUGUUGAGGGAUGCAUUGUCACUAAGACUGGCUGCUGAGCACGUAGACAGGAUGGAUGGAGAGUUUGCCGCCGAGGACCUGCGGGAGUUGGAAGAGCCAUGUGACCAGGUGCGGGAUUGUGCAGGAGGAGUUGGAGACGGUGAUCGUGGUGAGGGUGGUACACAGCAAGGGCCGGAUGUCGGGACUGUGACAGAUGAGUUGCGGGGCGUUGAAGGUGUAGGAGAUGGUGGAGGGGAUGGAGGGGGAGAUCGGGUUACUGGCACGACGGCCACCACCUCCACACAAGUGGUGCCGAGGAGGAGACGGACGACCCUAGAUAUUCAUCUAGGGAGCAAGGUCCAACGGGAUCUUGAUCGUAUGUUGGCCCUUGCUAUCUAUCGAGGUGGAGUGCCCUUCAACUGGUUGCGGUUGAAGGAGACGCAAGACUAUUGGAACUACAUAGUCACACUCAUGCGUCCUUCGAUCGUGCCGGUGCCACGGCUGCUGACAUACGAGGGAGUCCGUACAAGGAUGAUGGACAUCAUUUUCCACGAGGUAGCAGCCCUCAUUGCACCUAAAAAGGCAAAGUGGGCUACCACAGGAUGCACGCUGCUCACAGACGGGGCUACUGACACGACCAACAAGCCCAUCAUGAACUUCAUAGCAGCAGGACAGUCCGGACUCGACAUGUCACAUCGGGAGAAGACGGGAGUCGGCCUGGCAGACAUAUGGGAGGGAGACAUUGGCAUUGACAAAGAGAAUGCCAUCUGCACCGACAACGCAGAAGUGAUGAAGACAGCAGCCGGCAUCUUGCAGUCACACCCCGACCCGGCUAUGCGUCGCAUACCUUGGAUCCCAUGUGCAGCACAUUGCUUGAGCUUGCUGCUGAGGGACAUUGCGUCGCAGCCUUGGGCGGCCACUGUCAUGAAGAAGGCGCACAAUGGAGACGCGAUUUGGGACAGCGUUCAUGAUGCUAGAGAGGCUAUGGCCCCGUGCUACAGGUUCCUCAGGGGUAUGGACAGGGAUGGGUCAUCACCCACAGGAUUGUGGGAUUUGGAGAGCAUAUUGCGAGGGAGGGUCAGGGGCCUUGGACUGACAGAGGAUGAGAGGAGGGCGAUCAUGGAUAUCAUAUCCGACAGAUGCAGGAUGAUGCGUCAGCCUGCCCAUGCGGCUGCGUAUCUGUUGGAUCCUCGCCGUCGUGAUAUCUCGUUGCUGACGGACCGCAGCAGCCCAGUCGUGCAGAGCGCGCUAGACCACUUGGCUCGCUGUCAGGGUGCAGGUUGGGAGUCUGAUUCUUUGCAUAAGCUUUGGCAGGCAUUGUGGACUUUCCAUUGCGAGGACCCUCGCUAUUGGCCGAAGAAUGGAGCGCACUGGUGGGACGAGUUUGCGGUGAAGGACGCGGCGGAGGGGGGGAUGCAUGCAGCGAUGUGGUGGGAGCUUCACGGUGGUCAGGAGCCAAGACUGCAGACGAUUGUGAAGAGGGUUUUGGGUAUGUGGUCCACGGCCAGUCCUUGCGAGAGGAACUGGUCCACCCACGAUUUCAUCCACACGAAAAGGAGGAACCGCCUUUCUGCAGAGAGUGUCGAGAAGCUGGUUUUCAUUCACGGGAACUUGCAGCUCCUCAGUGCCAGCAGGAGGACGGACAGGCGGUACAUUGAUGUGUGGGAGGACCACGUGGAGGACCCCGCGGAGGAGAUCGAUGGUGACGAUAGUAUCCCCGCAGAGGUGCCAGAGGAGGAGUGGGAGGAGAUCGACAAGAGGAACAGAAGGAAGGAGGGCCGUAAUCGAUUUGGGAAGGGGAAGGCACCGAUGGAGGAUGAGGAUGAGGAUGAGGAGGGUGAUGAGGCCCUUUGGCAGGAUGCGAGUGUGGAUACCGUGAGGAGUCUUCGGGGGAGGGUUGGGGGUCGGCUAGAUUUGGAGGAGCUUUUGACCGGGGAUGGCGAGGCAAGCGGCACAGAGGUAGGGCAGGAGGAGGAACGAGGUCAGCACAUUCCACAUUCGUCGAUUGCCGGAGAGGGAGGACAUACUGGGGGUGUUCCAGUUGAUGCACGUACGUCGGCUCCUGCAGCGCCCCAUCACGCUGCUGAGAGGAUUCUGCGAGGGCCAGAGGAGGAGAUGAUUGGGAGGGAGGGUCAUCAUGCGGAUGAGAGGCUGGAGGACACACACCACGUGCGCCAGGUCACUGAGCAGGUUGUACAUCGAGGCGGCGGUUCACAGAGCAUCACUCAGUCGGUUGUCCAGAGGGUCGUGCUACGUGGCGGGGAUGGUGAUGGACUGGUGGCAGGCGGAGGUGGAGAGCGUAGGGUCAGUGACGUCAUUCGUCUUACAGUCGUUCAGACCUCGGAGCAGAGGAUUGGUUGUGCUUCCUCAGCGCACGUCAGCCAGAGGGUGGAUGACAGGGCGGACCCAUUACCAGUGUCUGUCGCAGAGCUUGGUGCGGAGCAGAGGGUGGAGCAGACGGUAGAUGAGAUGGUGCAGGACAGGGCGGAGCAGAGGGCUGACCAGAGGAUUAAACACCGGAGAGAGCGAAGGGAUGGACACAGCUUGGAGGUUCAGGUGGACGUUACCAUGGACGAGAGCGUAGUUCGACGGGUGGAGGACAGGGGCAGCGAGACGAGGGGUGUAGCAUCUACACGCGAGAGUAUGAUCCAGAGUGAGGGUGCUCAGGUUGCUACACAGGGGGGGGGCGGGAGUUUGAGUGAUGUUAGAAUGCCGACUGCCUCAUUCUAUGGGAUUCCGCCCAUGUCCACACGCGCCACACCAUCACCCGAUGCAGCAAGUGUUCAUCUUCUCGGCAGAUCGACGACAGUUGGACGUCAUGGUGGUGGAACUUCAUCUCCCGCAGUGUCCCUUGACAGUUCCCUACACCACCCCCCAUCGGUGACUUUACGACGCCCGGCUGCGCACGCGAGUCGAGCAUCCACUUCGUCAGCGGCGGCUGCCCCUCCUGUGCGUAGUCCAUUAGGCAUGCCACCGCUCCCUGCACGACUUCCAUCAGCCAUUGUUGAUAAUGUGAAGACAAGUCGUGCAGGCAGGAAGAGGAGGAGGGAGGAUGACGGAGGCGCAUUACCACCUCCUCCACGAUCGCAGGGUGGCACAGGCAGACCUCGUGGUCGCCCGCGAGGCUCAGGAUCAGGCAGGGGUCGAGGCAGGGGUCGUGAUUCAUGGGCGAUGAGUGCAUUGGGGGCAUACGACGCGGGUGAGGACGAUGUUGGGCAGGGCACCACUGCGUGCACUAAUGUGACGGUGGGUGUUCGCACGAGGUCUCAGGCCUCGAGUGGAGUUUGGAGUAAGAAAUCCACUCGUAUCAUUGACGACGAUUCAGAUGCCGCCUCAAGUGAUGGCCUUUCUGGUAGUGACUACGUGGAUGACAGGGGUAGUGAGACUCGUGCCCGGGGAGAGGACCAGAGUGGACAUGAUGAUAGCUCAGAUGGUAAUGGGCAUGAGGAGGACUAAAGGGAUGUUCACUACUGAGCUGAGGGAUGUGUUCUGUCAUCGAUGGUUGUAGCAUGGAACUUGGGCCUUGAUGUU